UUCUCCAUAAAUAAAAUAAACUUAAUUUUAAAAAUCGUCUCUAUUAAUUUCUGAAUAGUUUUCAUUUGAUUAAAAUAUUUCCUCAAUUGAAAAGCCAUCUUUAGCAGCCACAUAACUAAUUAAAUUGACUAACUAAUGUAUAAAAUAUUCAGUACUAUCAGGUAAUUAGUACAUAUUUUUAAUGAAAUCUUGCCAAAGUUAUUUUUCCGAUUCUUUUUUAAUUUUUAAUCUUUUAUUUAUAGCUUUCUAAAUUAUAAAUUUGGUUGGAAUAUACCAUUUUUUGAGAAUUUAGCUUGGGGUACUUUUAUUUUUUUAUACACUAUGUAUCAUUUUGAGUAAAAUUCUAAAGGAAAACUUGGGUUGCUCUUAUAUGUAUUUUUCAAUUUCUUCAUCGUUUUUAAAAUUGUAUUUUUAGUUACAUUUUGUCAUUCCCAUAGGAGAUAAAAGGAAUAAUUAUUCUAUAGUUUCCCUUUUUUUCCAGAAAUAAUUAAAUGCAAUAUAUCCGCCAAAAGAAUGACCUGCAAUUGAUAUUUUCUCAAAAUUUUUAAUCACUUUUUAACGCCAUUAGUCAAUUGUUUCAGUGAAAAAACUAAUCACUUAGGCUGUAUUUUCUUCUAUUUUAUAUUAUUAUCGAUCCGAAAGACCCAUUCCGAUGAAAUCAAAAGCAUAAACAGUAUAUUUAUCACUUAGAUCUUUUAAAAUUUUAUAAAAAGUUAAAGAGCUGCCCCCAAAUCCAUGUAACAGUAAUAUUUUUUUAUUUUCAGUAUUUGUAUUUAAAUUGUGGUUUCUUUUUGAAAUUUCGUAGGUAUGUAAAAAUGUAGGAUUUCCUUGUAUAUUUAUAAAUAUGUCGUAUAUGUAAAUAUCUGAGUUUAACUUUAGUUCAGAUUCAGUUUCAAUUAAUUUUAAUUCAGCAUCAAGGGAAUUUUAAUAACAUUUUA